AUGUUCAAGCUGCUGUGUUAUCUAGCUCUGCUGGCCAUAGCCGUCGCUGAUGACUAUUAUGUCCCAUCCUACAGUGGAUUAAAGGGAAACAACUUAGGAGUUAGUACAGUCAUCUAUGACGUCAAAGGACUUGGGGGCACAGGCAAAGGAAAUGUCAUCCUUGGAAACCAAGGAUAUGGAGGUAUCAGCACUUGGGGCAAAGGUUAUGGGGGAUCAUGGAACUCCGGACUCAUGUUAGGAGGAAAAGGAUUAAUGGGCGGUAACUACGGUAACAUAGGAUAUGGAGGAGUCUUGUUAGGAGGAAAAGGAUUAUUGGGCGGUAACUAUGGUAACAUCAGAUAUGGAGGACCCUUGGAAAGGGACUACUCGGCGGAAAUUACGGUGCUAAAGGAUUAG